AUGUAUUGCCAUAAUUUUUUAACUAAAUGGCGCACUUCUAGCGAAAAAGCAUUCCACGAGCAGCUGUCGGUUGGGGAAAUAACGAACAAAUGUUUUGAGCCCGGUAGCCAGAUGGUCAAAUGUGAUCCGCGCAAUGGCAAAUACAUGGCAUGCUGCUUGCUGUAUCGUGGAGAUGUAGUACCAAAGGUUUUAAUUCAAUUAAAUUUUUUUUUUGUAUUUGUCAAAGCAACUCGAAACCCAUCAAAAUGCAAUAUACAUUACCAUCACAACCAUAUAAUUUAAAA